CUUGCCAACCAGAAUUUGGGCAGUUACGAGAUCAUAAAUGACUCGUGAUCCUUGAAUGUACUUUAAAAGUUUUGAACAUUGGAAAACUUUCGUCUUUAUUCUGCCUGAGGUCAGGAAACCCAUCCCCACUGUGUCUCAAUGGUAAUUACAAAUCACAUCAAAAAGAAGUUCGUCUUUCUCCUCUUCUUCACUUUAUUGGCCACAGUAAUUUUUAUCAGGAGAUAUGGCAGCACUUAUCCAAAAUUACUGGCUUAUCCAAAAUUAAUGGAGUCUUGCAUGCAAUCAGUCUCCAAACAGAGCAUAACUCCCCUGAAAAACACCAAGCACUUCUUGGUCUCAGCCUACAUGGAUCAGAGAGUGCAGGGCUUUGACAUUCGCCUCAUCGGGAUAUUUCGGAGAGACUCCAUCCAGGAACUCCACUGCUUUUUCUGCUGUGCCGGCUACACAAGUGAAACCACUCCGACAAAAGUUUUACAACACUCGGAAAACUUCGGGUUUCCAUUCGUCACCACAGACGUCAUGUGCCGGAUUCCUAAAAAAUGCAAUGCCACACAUGUCACUCUUUUAACGAAGCCCAAGCCUGAGAAUAGAGCUGACUGGCUUCCCAUAAGGAACAAGAAAACUAACGGAGGAGCAGAGGAAAGGAUGGAUUUCACUGUGUGCGUCUCCAAUCUGUUUGGGGACUACAACAAUGUGCUGCAGUUUGCACAGACACUAGAGAUGUACAGGUUGCUCGGCGUGAACAGAGUAGUGAUCUACAACACCAGCUGUGGCCCGGACCUUGACCGUCUUCUGCAGAGUUACAGCCAGGAGGGCUUUGUGGAAAUAGUUUCCUGGCCGAUCRACCAAUACAUGAAUCCAUCGCGAGGCUGGCUCUUUUCGGAACAUGGUGGUGAUAUUCACUACUUUGGCCAGCUCACCACACUCAACGACUGCAUCUACAGAUCCAUGGAGCGUUCCCGCUACGUCCUGCUAAACGRUAUAGAUGAGAUCAUCAUGCCGUAUCAGCAUGACAACCUGAAGUCUCUGAUGGACGAGCUGCAGAAGCAGCAUCCAAAAGUGGGAGUGUUCCUCAUUGAGAACCACAUCUUUCCCAAGCAUCACUUUAAACCAAGUGGCAGGUUUCACCUUCCUAAGUGGAGCAGCGUGCCUGGAAUUAAUAUUCUGGAACAUGUUUACAGAGAAGACCCUGACCAAAAGAUUUUCCAUCCAUACAAGAUGAUCGUUCAGCCAAGGAUGGUGGAGCAGACAUCAGUGCAUAAAGUGCUCAAAUUUUUUGGUCAGAUGUACAAGGUCCCACUGAACAUUUGUCGGGCCGUUCACGUCCGCAACACCAUGAAGAAGAUAUCCAAACUGCAGGAGCUCAGUGUAGACAAGAGGCUUUGGGAUUUUCAGAAAAAAUUGAUUCCCAACGUGGAGAAGGUGUUGAAUAAUUCAGGAUUGCUCAAAUAAAAGUUUAUGGAUGGACCUGACAUGUAUGUAUGGUCCAUCCAUGGUCCUGUAUACCCUCAGAGGGAGCUUGUUUGGUGUUUCUUUAUUCUAUUGUUUUCUCAUUUAAAACCAGUCAACUGUAAGGUGAAUAAAUGAAAGCAUUGUAUUAUUGAAA